UAAGGAACUAGCUACAAAACUGGUAGCUGUAGCGAUAUCCCCGUUGGUAGCCGAGCAAAACAUAAUUUAUCAGUUUCUGGGAUAUGUCUUCGGUGUAGCUGGGCUAUUUGGAUACCCACUGCAUGUCUGCAGUGUGACUGUGCGAGAGUGGAAGAGGGUGGAGGAUUCGGACAGGGUUGUGAAUGACCUGAGUCUGCAGAGAAGAUGUGCAAUGGAAUGAUAGAACCUAUAUCAAAUGCCUUUUGGCCUUGCAUCUCAGGCAGCGGACAGCCCCUCUCCCUAAUUCUGGUCCUGACUGUGGUGUCCAUUGCGCAAGGGACAGGAUGUGUGAGGCCCUACAUGGUCCAAAACAGCUGGGUCAACCUGACAGAAACCAACAGGGGCUCCUUCCCUGUGGGCACAGUGUUGCAAUACAGCUGUGAACCCGGUUACCUUGCAGAUGGACCCAGCAUCCUCACCUGCACCUCACUGGGAUACUGGUCCUCUGAUCCACCUCGCUGCAUACGCAGUGACGUCUGUCUACCACCCUCUGAGCCGGAGAAUGGACGCUACAUCUGCCACCCGUCACCAUGCCACAGGUUUUCCCAUGGCACUGUGAUUGAAUUUCUCUGUGAUGACGGCUUCAUUCUAAAGGGAGACUACAAAUACUUAACCUGUCAGGAUGGACAAUGGGAUGGCACCACACAGAUCAGCUGUGUUAGCCAAGGUUGUGUAAGGCCGUUCAUGGUACAGCAUGGCUCAACUAAUUUGACCGAAACCAACAGAGGCUCCUUCCCUGUGGGCACAGUGUUACAGUACAGCUGUGACUCAGGCUACCUGGCAGAUGGAUCCAGCAUCCUCACCUGUACCUCACUGGGACAUUGGUCCUCUGAGCCACCUCGCUGCAUACGCAGUGAUGUGUGUCUGCCCCCCUAUGAACCAGAGAACGGGGGAUACACCUGCCACCCUUCACCGUGCCAAAGGCUCUCACAUGACACUGUGAUUGAGUACUUCUGUGAUGAGGGCUUUAUUUUGAAGGGAGACUACAAAUACCUGACCUGUCAGGAUGGGGAAUGGGAUGGUCCCAUGCAGAUCAGCUGUCUCAUGGACCAAGACCGAGACCCAUCUCUACCAUUGGGGAUGCCCACCUUAUCCAUAGUGGCCUCAACAGCCAGCUCAGUCGCCCUCAUCCUUCUCUUAGUGGUGCUUUUUGUGCUGGUACAGCCAAAACUUAAGUCCUUCCAUCGGAGAGAGCAGGGGGUGUCUGGCCAGCCUGUUUCAAUAAUGGUGGAAGGGGUCCAAGUAACCCUUCCCUCCUACGAGGAGGCUGUGAGUGGAGGUGGUGGCGGAAGGUCAGCAUCAACUUUCAGCUCUGAGUCCCGCAUCCAGAUAGUUCUGUCAGAGGGCCAGCACAUGACAGAGCCAGCGGCUGGGCCCUCCAGGCCCUCCUCUCUCACCCACCAGCAUUCAGAGAUGGCUGUGGUCCACCCUGUACCACCAUCAUCUUCAUCACCCUCUCCCAUAUCGUCUUGCUGGGGCCUGGAGCAUGCAGGGGCUACAGCUCCUCCACUGUCACGAAGGAGGCCGUCCACAGGCAGUGACCAACAUAGCCUGCCUCUCUUGGACUCUGAGAUGGACUACUCUGAUGAUAUGCCAUUGUUGAAGGAGACUUGAAAUAUACUGCAGCUCCUCAGAUGUAUCAGAGACCACAGGCUUUGCUGUUGAUCUGUAGCGUUGAGCGUGAUCAUCAGAGUUCCACACUGCAGCAAAUGUCAACAAAGACUAGCCCAACUAAAUGAGGCACUGAGUGAAGCUGUGGGUCACUCAGAAUAGCUCCAUUCCUUAUCCCAAAGGAGGACCAAGAGGGAAUUCACAUGUACAUACAUGCUUAAAAUUUUGAUAGGAAUUCUUACAUUACGUAUGUCUGAAGUCUGAAACACAAACUUCCAUUUGCUCUUUUAGCCAUUGGUUUUGCUGGGAAAUGUGAAACUGAUCUGAUGUGAAAUCGCUCUGGAGAAAUUUGAUUUUGUUUAAUGGGUUUCAUUCCAAUGGAUGAAGCUGAAAACUCACUUUGGGAGUUAAAGGUUCAUGUUUUUGGCCCUGGACCUCGUUAAAUUCUUGUUGAGCAUCAUUUAGAAUUGUACCGACCUAAACCUUACUAAUCCCUUUAGUAUUGAUAAACUUGCCACUUUGCUGAAUCUGUAUAUUACCUUUACUUAUUUGGAAGAUGCCUUUAUCCAAAGCGAUUUGCAAGAAAGGCAGCAAUUAGCCGAUAAAUUUGAGUUUUACCACCUGGCAUCAUAGAGUGCUGAAUCUUCCCACUAGGCUUCAACAGUCUUAUGUCGCAGUUGUUUGAGCCUUCAAAAACAAUUACAUAUCUCCUUUUCCAAAAUGGGAAGCUCAUCUUACAAUCACAUGUAUCUUUUUUUGUUUAUUCAGAAUAUUAUCGUUUUGAAUUUGUCCAAAAUCCAUUUUGAUUUGGAAAUACUUUUUGCGCCUCACGGACAUCCCAAGUAACCCAGCCCAACCCAAAAAAUAUCUGCACUGUUGCCUAGAAGAAAACAGCUGGCUUGCUAGCAUUAGCUACAGCCACGUACUUUCAGCGUAAACAAGCCUUCCAUCUGCAACUGAUGGUGCAAAUGUAAAAAACUGAUAGUGCAAAGGAAAACAUAUUCAUGGAAUUACAAUAUAGUCAUUUUAACUUGAUAGCAUGGUUUGAAAAUAUUUUUUCAAUGGAACUUAUGAAGACAUGUCUGACUGUACUCUGAGCUUCCUGUUUUUGAAAAGGAUAUAUAUAUAACUUCGUUAAAAGAAACACUCAACAGUAGAAAAAGUGCUCAACAAAUGAGGAGCAAAGUAAUCCAGUGAUUCAAGUAAUUCGAGGCAGUUAAUAUAUUAUGUUCUUUCCCAUGUAGCUUUAUUUAUAGCUGAUGAUAGCUUAUGGCAUGAAACAGACUUGUACUGUCUUAUAAAGAAUUUACUUGACUCACAGGAUUACAUAUACAUAUAUAUAUAAUUCAGCUGUCAAAUGACAGCUAAUGAUUUCUUAUGGCAUGAAACAGGCUUGUACUGUCUCAUAAAGAAUUUUCUUGAAUCACUGAAUUAUUUUGCUCAUUUGUUGAGCACUUUUCCUACCAUUGAGUUUCUUUUAACAAAGUUAUAUAUGUAUAUAUUUAUAUAUAGGAAAAAAAGAAGAAAAAUAUAUAUAUAUGGGAGACGCCACCAAAUGUGGUUGAGAAUGGCAGAGCUAAGGUCCUUUGGGACUUCAAGUCCCAGACUGACAAGCAGGUGCUGGCUAACCAACCAGACAUUGCGGUGGUUGACAAGGAACAGAAGACAGCAGUAGUGAUCGAUGUAGCAUCCCAAGCGAUGGAAAAAUCAGGAAGAAAGAGUAUGAGAAGCUAGAGAAAUACCAAGGGACUGAGGGAAGAACUAGAUCGGAUGUGGAAUGUGAAAUCUACAGUAGUCCCAGACGUAAUAGGAGCACUAGGGGCUGUGACCCCCAAACUGGAAGAGUUCCAGGAACAACAUCUGAGGUCUCUGUCCAGAAGAGUGCGGUCCUAGGAACAGCUAAGAUACUGUGCAGAACCCUCAAACUCCCAGGCAUCUGGUAGAGUACCCGAGCUUGAGGAAGACGCACACCACCUGAAAAAGGGUGAGAGGGAGAUUUUAUUUUUAUGAUCCAUUUUAUAGGCUUAAAUGGAUGCCCAAUGUGAAGAUUCAGAAACCUGGCAUGUUUCUCAAUGCUGAGAGAUUGGUGAAGUUUUUGUCUGUACAAUUCUAAAUGAUGCUUGGCAGCAUUUUAAUGAGGUCCGGGUUUUAAGAGAAAUGAGCCCAUCCUCUGAUCAUCAUGGCACGACGUCUUGUCCACCCUGUGUUUUCAUCACAUCGCAUCACAUCACAUCACAUCACAUCACAUCACAUCUUGUAAGCUGCAUCUUUGGAAUAGUGCAUGAAUGCAACAUGUGCAACCCAUGCCUAUAUGCAGAACAUUUACUUCUGCCUCUUUGGUUAUCUAAGAUGAAUGAAUUGCACUAUGGGGUGUUAUAAUUCACUAAAUACCACAAAUUGCUCUAUUAGACAGCUUUUCCACUCACCAAAUGAUUUUGAUUUGAAAUGAUUAUUUAUCAAAGGAUUGAGAGUGUAGAUUUCCUCUGCUUGCUUUAAGUGGUUCAAUGUGUCAGAUCAUCCUCACGCAUCCAGUUUCUCCUCCCUCUACAAGAUAAUUCUCCAAAUGUAUUCUCCUAUUUAUAUUCAUACUCUCUGUCCCUGAUGGCCUUAGCUUUCCACUUCUAUGCACAAACAUCUGUAAUAGUUUUCAUUGAAAAAUCUCAAAUAUAAAAAAAAUGAAUUGUCAGUUGAAUGCCUCCAUAGAGUUGUGACGUUACAUGGCUUUGUCAGGCGCAUCACUUGUUAACCCGGGAUGGGGGGAAAAAUCCAAUUUAUUUAUUCAGGCUGCUUUUUAACAAAAAUAAAUCAUUAUCUAAUUAAUUCUACCUAGGAAAAAAAUAAAUUAAGUAUUUAAUAUAUUUGUGUCCAGAAUGCUGUUGAUCAGCCAUGGUUCCUUCGAUGCAUCCACAGCUCUUGAGACGUUUGUAAGAAGAAGAAAAAAGUAGCUUUCCACUUUGCUGCUUCAGUUUAACGCCACUGCAGACUCACAACAUGACACUGUAAAAUGACUGGGUAAAUCCAACUCAAGGUAAAUAUACAUAAGUUGUUGUACAGCUUUAGUGUUAAGUCAAAAUUAAUUUGAACCUGUUUUGAGAUUUUUUUUUUGGUUUGGAGAUUGUAUUUUAAUAUUUUGAAAGGGUUUCUCUCAAUAUUUCUUUGUAUAUACUAUGCGAUUGCUUUGAAUAAAUAUUUGACGUGUUCAAAUUGCAUGUUUUUAAAUUUCUUUGGGAUUUACAUGGG